AUGUCGCCGGAUCUACCUUGCGUUGUCUUUGCGAGGUCCUUUUUUCAUAGACACGAUAGAGAUGAUAACGCAGAGUGCCAUGCUAGACAAGAGACACCUAAGCAGAUCGACGAGCAUGCCCACCGGCGAAAGCACUCGUCAGACUCAGAAAAGACACUUACGGUCGAGGACUGGGUAACAAGUCGCGAGAACCCACACAACUGGCCGCUAGCAAAGACAAUAAUCACAUCCCUCAUAGUAUACGUCUAUACUUUUGUGGUGUAUGCUGGGUCAUCCAUGUUCAUUACGGCAGUUCCGUUGGUCAUGCAGGAGCUGCACAUCCCCGAGCAACGCGCCAUGUUAGGGCUGUCCAUCUACGUGCUUGGGUACGGCGUCGGACCCCUCCUCUGGGGCCCGCUCAGCGAGAUCCCUCGCAUCGGACGAUCAGUCGUCUACGUCGGAACAUUCAUAGCAUUCAUCCUCGUCACAAUCGGAGCCGCCGAAGUAUCGAACUACAGCGCAUUCGUCUUCCUCCGCUUCUUGCAGGGCCUCUUCGGCAGCCCGUGCCUCGCCAACGGCGGCGCCUCCAUGCACGACCUCUACCCCGAAUCCCAGUUCCCCUACGCCCUCGCUCUAUGGGUAGCUGCAGCGUACUGCGGCCCGGCUCUCGGGCCCCUGCUCACCAACAGCCUGGUCAACAACAUCUCCUGGAAAUGGACCAUGUGGCUCCUCGCCUGUAUGUCCGGCCCGGUAUGCAUCCUGCUGUUUCUCCUCCCUGAAACUUACGCCCCGACCAUACGAUACCGCAGCAGUGCAUUCAAUACCAACAGCAGCAACGACAAUAACAACGAUAGUACAAGUGACAACCCCCUCGCCAAACUAAAGUUCUACCUCGUCAAACCCGUCCAAAUCACCCUCCAAGACCCUGCCAUCCUCUUCGCCAACAUCUACACCUCCUUUAUCUACGGCACGUAUUAUACCUUCUUCGACGCCUUUCCCAUCGGUUACCCACCCGUCUAUAAUGUAUCCUCUACCACCCUCAGCGUAUUCUACCUGUCAGUCCUAGUAGGGUGCUUCCUCGCAGUAUUCGCCUACUUCACUUAUCUCUCCCUCCCUAACUACCUCCGCAAACACCAUUUCCAUCACAACACCCCCAAAUCCACCUCAAUCCCUCACCCAACCCACGAACGACACCUCAUCCCCGCCAUCCCAGCUACCUUCCUCGUCCCCAUCUCCCUCUUCCUCUACGGCUGGACCCUCCGCCCCUCCAUCCACUGGAUCGUCAGCAUCAUCGGCGUGACAUUGUACGCCAGCGCGGUGUUUAUCAUUCUACAGUGUCUCUCCAUGUAUAUACCUAGUAUAUAUCCUGAGUACGCGGCAAGUCUGUUCGCCGCGAAUGACUUCUGUCGGAGUACGUUAGCUGCUGGCGCGGUGCAUUUUGGGAUCCCCCUGUAUCAGAAUCUGGGGAUGGCGAGGGGGUCGAGUGUCCUGGGAGGUGUCAGUGUGUUGGGGGUUUGGGGACUCUUGGGAAUUUAUUGGUUCGGGGAGAGACUGAGGAAGAAGUCGAGGUUUGUGGAGAGGUUGGUUGAGUAG